GUUUAGUAUUCUUUUCACCCUUGGACGGAGCAAUUAGCCGCUCUCGCUGGAGUUUUCGAAGACACAGUGCUCGCCAAGUGGUAAAGGCACCCCUAGUGCGUGCCGUUGACUGAGACGAAGAGUUGGUUGUUUGGUGUUUGUGAGUGGGAGGUUUAUUGGAGCAGUACACUCCGCCCAGCACUCGGCAAUCAAACGGACUCUCCAUCGUACGGCGAUGGAAGUCAACAAGCGCUGCCUGUGGCUGUUUGCCUUUCAGCUGUUUUGGUUCCUGUGCUUGGUGGAAUCCUAUCCCGAAGGUGUGAAUUUCUACAAAGACUGGCUGCGUAACAAAAAUGAGGACGAUGUCGAGCGAAUGAUAGCAGAGGAUCAGUUCGAAGCACCAAAGCUUUUCUUUUACAGGACGCCAAGCUCGUUCACCGAUCUCGGGAUGGGAGAACCGUUGGAGAAACGGACGGUCAACAGGUACAAAAACAUGAUGAUCGCCAAGGACAAUCUCGAUGCACCACUGACGGACGAUGCCGAGCAGACGAAGGAAGCGACCCGUUACUACUUUCCGCGCAUCACCCCCAAACGGUCGCCAGGUGCCAUCCUGAGCUGGGCCAUUCCUGCCGCUAAUCGAGUGCGUGUCAUCAGCACGAACUAUCGACCACCGGGAAUCAAUCGGCCGGCCGCCUAAUGCAGCGGCCCGCCUUACUGGGAAGUGUGUUAGAGCACAAUGUCAUGAUCUCGCGUUGCAUACUUCGAUCUUCGGUUUGGUUCGAAGCGUUUUGUUUCACCUCGUACUUCGUUGCGCCUUCGUUUCCAUAAUGUGCUCUAACGCGUACAUCAGCACUGGCUUUAAGAGAGGGAGAGAGAAAGAGGGCGAGAGAGCGGAUUGAAUAGUUGUUUUACCAUCGUGUCGUCUGUAACAUCAAUAUGGAUAAAUAUAAUCUUCGGGUUCUGCUAACAAAGA